AGACCGUACAUGCCAUUUGGCUUUGGGAUCAGAACGCACCAUGGGACAACCUCAAAGAUAUCUCUCCAGACGGGGUCUCUUACUUGGGUGAUGUGUCUGCUCUCCUGACUGUCUUCAUACCCAAAGGAUUUAUUUUCCUUUUGGAAAUAUUUGAAGUUGAAAUCUUGUUCCUUACUGGAAAUUGUCUACACUAAAGACUGCACGCAUCAUGGGUGAUAUGGCAAACAACUCGGUUGCAUAUAGUGGCGUAAAAAACGCCGUAAAAGAAGCUAAUCAUGGAGAUUUUGGAGUUACUCUUGCAGAGCUCCGUUCUCUUAUGGAACUUCGAGCUACAGAUGCACUGCAUAAAAUACAGGAAUGCUAUGGAGAUGUACAUGGCAUCUGUACAAAAUUGAAAACUUCACCAAAUGAAGGUUUAAGUGGAAAUCCAGCAGAUAUAGAAAGGAGAGAAGCAGUUUUUGGGAAGAACUUUAUACCUCCUAAAAAGCCAAAAACAUUUCUUCAGUUAGUAUGGGAAGCACUACAGGACGUUACACUAAUUAUAUUAGAAAUUGCAGCCGUAGUAUCCUUGGGCCUUUCUUUUUACCAGCCUCCAGGAGGAAAUGAAUCAUUAUGUGGAUCAGUAAAUGUUGGUGAAGAAGAGGAGGAAUCUGAAGCAGGUUGGAUUGAAGGAGCAGCAAUCCUCCUAUCUGUAGUUUGUGUGGUAUUAGUAACAGCUUUCAAUGACUGGAGUAAAGAGAAACAAUUUCGGGGACUGCAGAGCCGUAUUGAACAAGAACAAAAAUUCACAGUCAUCAGAGGUGGCCAAGUCAUCCAAAUACCAGUAGCUGACAUAAUUGUUGGAGAUAUUGCACAAGUGAAAUAUGGUGAUCUUUUACCGGCUGAUGGUGUACUCAUUCAAGGAAAUGACCUCAAAAUUGAUGAAAGCUCACUGACUGGAGAAUCUGAUCAUGUAAAGAAAUCUCUGGACAGAGAUCCUAUGCUGCUGUCAGGUACACAUGUGAUGGAAGGCUCUGGAAGAAUGGUGGUUACUGCUGUAGGUGUGAACUCUCAAACUGGAAUCAUCUUUACCUUACUUGGGGCUGGAGGAGAUGAAGAGGAGAAGGAGAAGGAAAAAGAGAAGAAGGACAAGAAAAGUAAAAAGCAAGAUGGAGCUGUUGAAAACCGUAACAAAGCUAAAGCUCAGGAUGGUGCAGCUAUGGAAAUGCAACCACUGAAGAGUGAGGAUGGUGGGGAUGGAGACGAGAAAGACAAGAAGAGAGCAAAUUUGCCAAAGAAAGAAAAGUCGGUUCUUCAAGGCAAACUUACAAAGCUCGCAGUUCAGAUUGGCAAAGCAGGUUUGUUGAUGUCUGCAAUCACAGUCAUUAUCCUUGUGUUAUAUUUUGUAAUUGAUACCUUCUGGGUUCAGAAGAGACCUUGGCUGGCUGAAUGUACACCAAUUUAUAUUCAGUAUUUUGUGAAGUUCUUCAUUAUUGGAGUUACAGUCUUGGUGGUGGCAGUACCAGAAGGUCUUCCACUUGCAGUCACUAUAUCUCUGGCUUACUCUGUUAAGAAAAUGAUGAAAGAUAAUAACUUGGUGAGACAUCUGGAUGCAUGUGAAACAAUGGGUAACGCAACAGCUAUUUGCUCAGAUAAAACAGGAACGUUGACCAUGAACAGAAUGACAGUGGUCCAAGCCUACAUCAAUGAAAAACAUUAUAAAAAAAUUCCAGAACCAGAAGCUAUUCCAGAAAAAACUAUGGCUUACCUUGUGACAGGAAUUUCUGUUAAUUGUGCUUAUACUUCCAAAAUACUGCCUCCUGAAAAAGAAGGUGGCCUACCACGUCAUGUUGGAAAUAAAACUGAAUGUGCCUUGCUGGGAUUGCUCUUGGAUUUAAAACGUGAUUAUCAGGACGUAAGAAAUGAGAUACCAGAAGAGGAUUUGUACAAAGUGUACACCUUCAACUCUGUUAGAAAAUCUAUGAGUACCGUGUUAAAAAACUCUGAUGGCAGUUUCCGGAUAUUCAGUAAAGGUGCCUCUGAGAUAGUUCUUAAAAAGUGCUUCAAAAUACUGAGUGCUAAUGGAGAACCAAAGGUGUUUAGACCUAGGGACCGUGAUGAUAUCGUGAAAACUGUAAUUGAGCCAAUGGCUUCUGAAGGGCUCAGAACCAUCUGCCUGGCGUUCAGAGACUUCCCAGCAGGGGAACCUGAGCCGGAAUGGGACAAUGAAAAUGAUAUUGUUACUGGUCUGACGUGCAUUGCUGUUGUUGGGAUUGAAGAUCCUGUGAGACCUGAGGUACCUGAUGCAAUAAAAAAGUGUCAACGUGCAGGCAUAACUGUACGUAUGGUCACUGGCGAUAACAUUAACACUGCUCGUGCUAUUGCAUUAAAAUGUGGUAUUCUGAAUCCUGGCGAAGACUUCUUGUGUUUAGAGGGCAAAGACUUUAACAGGAGAAUACGCAACGAAAAAGGAGAGAUAGAGCAAGAGCGAAUAGAUAAAAUUUGGCCAAAGCUUCGUGUUCUUGCAAGAUCUUCUCCCACUGACAAACACACUCUAGUAAAAGGUAUAAUUGACAGCACUGUCUUUGAACAGAGGCAAGUUGUAGCAGUAACUGGUGAUGGUACCAAUGACGGUCCAGCUCUGAAGAAGGCAGAUGUUGGAUUUGCUAUGGGUAUUGCUGGAACAGACGUAGCUAAAGAAGCUUCUGAUAUUAUCCUUACAGACGACAACUUCACAAGUAUUGUUAAAGCAGUUAUGUGGGGACGAAAUGUGUAUGACAGCAUCUCCAAAUUUCUUCAGUUCCAGCUUACUGUCAAUGUAGUAGCAGUAAUUGUUGCUUUUACAGGAGCAUGCAUAACACAAGAUUCUCCGCUUAAAGCUGUGCAGAUGCUGUGGGUAAAUCUCAUAAUGGACACAUUAGCUUCUCUUGCCCUGGCAACAGAACCACCCACUGAAGCCCUUCUGUUGCGAAAGCCUUAUGGUAGAAACAAACCUUUGAUUUCUCGUACAAUGAUGAAGAACAUUUUGGGUCAUGCGUUCUACCAACUCGUAGUGGUCUUCACGCUCCUAUUCGCUGGUGAGAAAAUUUUUGAUAUCGAUAGUGGAAGAAAUGCACCUCUGCAUGCUCCUCCUUCAGAGCAUUAUACUAUUGUAUUUAACACAUUUGUGAUGAUGCAGCUUUUUAAUGAAAUUAAUGCGCGAAAAAUUCAUGGUGAAAGAAACGUUUUUGAAGGAAUCUUUAACAACGCUAUCUUCUGUUCUAUUGUUCUGGGGACAUUUGUUGUGCAGAUCAUUAUUGUGCAGUUCGGUGGGAAGCCCUUCAGUUGCUCAGAACUCUCAAUUGAACAGUGGCUGUGGUCCAUUUUCCUGGGCAUGGGAACACUACUCUGGGGCCAGUUGAUUUCAACAAUUCCAACCAGCCGUCUGAAAUUCCUUAAAGAAGCUGGUCAUGGAACACAAAAGGAAGAGAUUCCUGAAGAAGAACUAGCAGAAGAUGUAGAGGAGAUCGAUCAUGCUGAGAGAGAAUUACGUCGCGGUCAGAUCUUGUGGUUUAGGGGCCUAAACAGGAUACAAACUCAGAUGGAUGUAGUGAAUGCUUUCCAGAGUGGAAGUACCAUUCAGGGGGCUCUAAGGCGGCAACCCUCCAUCGCCAGCCAGCACCAUGAUGUAACAAAUAUUUCUACCCCUACACAUGUAGUGUUUUCCUCUACUACUGCUUCUACUACUGUGGGGUAUCCGAGUGGUGAAUGCAUUUCGUAGCUCCUUGUACGAGGGGCUAGAGAAACCUGAGACACGAAGUUCAAUUCACAAUUUUAUGACGCAUCCUGAGUUUAGAAUAGAAGACUCCGAGCCUCAUAUUCCCCUUAUUGAUGAUACUGAUGCUGAAGACGAUGCUCCAACAAAACGCAACUCUACUCCCCCACCUUCUCCCAAUAAAAAUAACAAUGCGGUUGACAGUGGAAUUCACCUUACAACAGACAUGAACAAGUCUGCUACCUCUUCAUCCCCAGGGAGCCCGCUACAUAGUUUGGAAACAUCACUCUGAUUGUAAGCUGAAUGUUAACACACUAGCUGCAUUGUAAAGAAAUUGAAACUGGGUCUCUUCACACAUUAUGAUGGACAAGAUGAUAUUCUUGUCUUGGACUUCAACAGAAGACACACUUGUACGAAUGUAGAUUUAUUUUUUUAAAAAAAAAAAGCUUUCUGCCAGACUGGAGGGUGCUUUUCUGGGGGUGGGAGUAAUAAUGAACUCUGACAGAUAAACAGUAACUCAGCAUAAGUGACCUGUGGAUCAUCUGUUGUACUUAAGAAUGGUCCUGAACAGUGUGUUAGCAGAGCUUUAGUUUAUCAUGAUCCUUUUCUGAGGGGAAGGCUGGGAAGGGCAAGGAGGCCCUGGAUCGUUGAAUUGAUACUUUAAUUUCUGCUGUUGGCUGUUAAUAAUUUGGAUUAUUUAUGUUUAUAAAUGAUACAGAUCUGUUUACAAGGUUUGUAGAUACUUUUUUUGUUCCUGUUCAUAGAUGGGAAGCUUCCUUAUAAAUGAUGCAGAGAAAAAAAAACAAACAAAAAAACUAGUCCUUCAAAUACUGCUGUAUUUUCAGGAAAAGGGUGUUUCUAUUGAAACUGUACUAAAUUUUGCCUGCAAUUUACCUUGUUAAAUAUUGUAGAUAAAUUGCUAAUACUAAUAGCCAAAUAGAUAACACUAAUGCUUUGUAAAAACAUGAGCAGUGGUGUUCUAAUGAAGUUAUGGCCUCUGUCCUAAUUAGUUUCUUAAAUACAUUUACUACUUAAUGGUUUUGAAACAACUGUUUAAUUUUUAAAAAUUUUGAGAAACUUACUGAAUAACUUUUGUUCAGAACUUAGUAGGAUUGUUUAAUGCAGGACAUCAAUCUGUGAUGGAACUUGCUUGAAAUAUUUCUGUUAUCUCGGGCAAAAUGGAUUAAAUCAAAAUACAUCAGAAUCUUAGUCCUUUGUUUUUGUCUGAACAUGUUAGUUUAGUGCUGUCUUGGUGAACUGUGAGUGGAACUGUGAUUUUUUUUUUUUCUUUUUUCUAAUCUAUAGAAUCCUUCAUGCAGCAUGAGGGCUGUUGGCAUUUUGAAAGGUUGUUAGUGGGUAGCAUACAUGUUCUCCUUUUUGUUUUUGAAACUUGUUUGUAAACAUGAAUAAAUCUGCCCUUUUGUUAAAAUAAAAUUGCA